UCAGCGCCCAACCUACUAACGGUAAACAUUUGCGGGAUGACGUAUGUUUGCUUGCUUUGUGGGGGAAGUGGAUGACCAAAGUACAGGCCGCCUCUGACUCACGUACGGUGAACAGGUGAACAGGAGGCCCCAUUCAGACACACGCAACUUGCCCCCUGAAAGACGCCAGAAGACAUUUUAGAGUCUUACGUCGAUCCAAGAAAACCGUGACCACCAUGAACGCCGUUCUAAUCAUCCUUGUAGUGUUCACAAGCCAUCUAACGGUCACAGUUACAGGUACAACAACCACUGAUACACCGUCUACCGUUACAACUGGCACUCCAGCUGACACUACAACACCCACUGGUACAACGACUACCGUUACAACUGCCACUCCAACUAACGAUACAGCAACCACCAGCACACCGUCUACCGUUACACCUGGCACUCCGUCUGACACUACAGCACCCACUGGUACAACGACUACCGUUCCAACUGGCAGUCCAGCUGACACUACACCAGCCACUGGUACAACGACUACCGUUCCAACUGGCACUCCAGCUGACACUACAGCAACCACUGGUACAAAGACUACAGUUACAACUGGCACUCCAGCUGACACUACAGCAGCCACUGGUACAACGACUACCGUUCCAACUGGCACUCCAGCUGACACUACAGCAACCACUGGUACAACGACUACCGUUCCAACUGGCACUCCAGCUGACACUACAGCAACCACUGGUACAACGACUACCGUAACAACUGGCACUCCAGCUAACGAUACAGCAACCACCAGUACACCAACAACCGCAACCACAACACCCGUAGACCAAGCGACUCAGACUACAGAGGCCGACGUAACGACUGAAACUAUACAGACGACUACUGUACACACCACCACUGAACCACCCGCUGUUCAAACUACAAUUUCUGCGACAACAUCCCCAGUCUCCACUUCGUCUGCGACAACCAACACUUCACAGGGAACGACAGGGCAGCCUCAAACUACGACAACGAAUAGCAGUACUAUAGCUCCUACAUCUGCCGCUUCUGAAACUACCGAGGUGAAAACUACUGACGCUUCUGAAACUACAGAGGUGAAAACUACUGCCGCUUCUGAAACUACAGAGGUCAAAACUACUGCCGCUUCCGAAACUACAGAGGUCAAAACUACCGCCGCUUCUGAAACUACAGAGGUCAAAACUACCGCCGCUUCUGAAACUACAGAGGUCAAAACUACUGCUUCUGAAACUACAGAGGUCAAAACUACUGCUGCUUCUGAAACUACAAAGGACAGAACUGCGCCCGCCAACACUGAGCAACCCGGAUCUUCAAAAGCCCCCACUACCCAGCCUCCAGCGACAGGAAGCAGUACAACGGAGAAGGUAACAGCCUCCCCUAACACCAUCAUUGGCAAGUCCAGCACAGCAGCAAACCCUGAGGACCAACCCACUAACACGGUCACGGAGAGCACACCGUCGACACAAGAAACAACCCAACAUCAGGAUCAAAGUGGACAGACUGCUGGGAUGAACCAGGGGACCGUCGUGGCCCUAGCGGUGACCAUCCCCAUUGCAGUGGUGGUCCUCAUCAUCACAGUAAUCUUAAUCCGAAGAAGAACCACGGGGCGUUCACACAGAGGCUACAUCACGGCAGACGAGGACUACGGCUGGACGUCCUUCCGCAACCCUGUUUACGACCGGUAUUCCAUGUUGAAAGGUGGUCGGGACGAUCCAUACUGAACCAUCUGAAGGCUGA